AUGUUCACAAGACUCGCAAAUCGGGCAUCAGGCCCGGCGCAGUUCCUCAGGACCGCCACUCAUCAUAACAACAUCCGGAACCACUUCAACAACAGCAGUGCCGCUGCAGUUUCCUUCAACUCUAUCCGCCACCAGUCCUCAUCCUCCUCCAGCCGUGACAACGACAACUCCAACAACCAAGACAUCGAACCCAUCUCCUCUAACGAAGUCCCCAUCAACGCCUCCAUCGAACUCCACAGAGUCGAUCUCGCCCACGGCUCCUUCUUUGCAAUGCAUCGCCCCCUCCUGGGGAUCGCCAACGGACCCAUGUUUGCCAUCGAACAUCCUGUGGAUGAUCUUGUCAACUACUUUUCGACCCUGCAUCCAUACUCACCACCAGGCCCAAUGAUCCAGGCUGCAUUGGUCACCCCAACAGCGACUGCCUGGGCCAGCAUGGCCCCCUCGAUGCCUGAUGCCGAACUGGCGGUGGAAGAGUUCCUGCGCCUUGUCGAGGAUAAGCAGGCAGUGCAGGAUCAACAACAACAACAACAACAACAACAACUGGAGGAAACAGCACUUCGGAAAGAGGCAUCAGCAACAGCUACAGUAGGAAAUAUGGAUGGUGUCAACGAAGGGUCAAUAACGGUCAACUCGAUCUUGGAUCCUAUGUUGCAGGACAAGUCGAAUGCGAUGCACAUGACUAGUGUCUUGCGUAAAAGGCGGAUCAAGAUGCGAAAGCACAAAUACAAGAAGCUUCGCAAGAGAACCCGAGCCCUCCGCAAGAAGCUUGGAAAGUAG